AUGUCGUCGUCGUCGUCGCCCACCAUCCCGCGCUUCUACCGCGUCUUCUUCAGCACCAUCGACCCCCUGAUCGCGCUCAGCGGCGCGCUGACGCAACUGUUCGCGCCGGCCACGAUAUUGAGACUCUACAACGUGUCCGCGACGGCCGCGGCCACGACCCGGCCGGCGCCCGAGACCACGGUCCUCCUCGACAGCGGCGCCGGGUACCUGCUGUCGACCAUGUUCCUGCAGGUGGUGCUGCUGCGGCGCCGGCCGGCCGACCGCACCGUGUGGCGCUGUCUCGAGGCGAGCAUCCUCAUCCAGGACGUGGCGGUCGUCGGCGCCGUCGUGCGCUCGCUCGCGGCCCAGCACCGGCUCGCCUGGCGCCUGGUCGCGCCCGACGAGUGGGCGAAUCUGGCUAUCCUGGUGGGCCUGGGCGCGCUCCGGGCCGCGUUCCUCUUGGGCGUGGGGAUGGGGAACGCUGGGGAGGCGAAGGGGAAGAGGACUUGA